AUGUCCCGUCCUGGUACUACGCUAUACGUCACUGGCUUUGGCCAUGGCACCCGAGCUCGCGACCUUGCCUACGAAUUCGAACGGUACGGGCGUCUUGUUCGAUGUGAUAUCCCUGCGCCGCGUACUCCUUCCAGCCGCUUGUUCGCAUUUGUGGAGUAUGAAAGUCGCCGUGAUGCAGAUGAUGCAUAUCAUGAGAUGCACAACAAAAGGAUUGGUCGCGAUGAUUUAUUAAAAAUCGAAUGGGCAAGGACCCCGCCGUCUGCGUCAUGGCGCUUUGAUUCCGGCCGUGACCGCCGGCGUGACCGGACUCCCCCUCGCCGUGGUAGAUCACCCUCACCCCGGCGUGCUCGUGGAGACUAUUCGCCGCGCAGAGAUGAUAGGUAUGAGCGCGAAUUUGAUAGAAGCGACCGUGACUAUGAACGACGUGACCGUGACUAUGACCGCCGAGACCGCGACUACGACCGUCGAGACCGUGACCGCUCUCGUGACCGCUCCCGCAGCCCCGACGAGAGAGAUCGCGACAUCAAGGAUGACCGAGAAAGACGUGAUGAGGAGCGCGAACGACGUGACGAGGAGCACGAGAAUGGCCCGAAUGGCGAAGACAGGAAGGUUCCAUUAGAACCCUUGACGUCCGCUCACGACGAGCUUGACACUGCUGAGUAG